AAUUGAAAGAGGUGGGCCGUUGGCCUCCUCCUAGGAGUACUUGUGUGUUGAAAUCGGAAGGACGUUCUGGAGUUUGAGCGCGAUUUUUCCGGGAAGGCUGCGGGGUUGGAAGUGCGUAUUGGGGUUUGGAUCUCGUGCAGCAGCGCAACUAACCUGCUGCAACGGCGCUGUGACACCCCUGUCCCGGGGCCCCCACUUUAGCCUGUUGCUUCUCUGGUCGCUCCAGGUCAGUUUUUCCCGGCGACUCUAGUGUGGCUUCCAAACUUCUGGGCUCCGGGCUUACUUCGGAAUUUGCCCCCGCCCCCUACUCGCUUCCCUCAGGCCCCAGGAAGUUGCGAGAGUCCUAUUUGUCGCACACUCGGGGACCGCGGGUGGCCGGCGGAGAUGAAACCGUCUUGGCUGCAAUGUCAUAAAGUCACCAGCGCCGGGGGGCUCGGAGGGCCCUUGCCUGGGUCCUCUCCGGCCCGGGGAGCCAGUGCGGCCCUCAGGGCUUUAGUGGUCCCGGGCCCGCGGGGCGGUCUCGGGGGCCGGGGAUGCAGGGCGCUGUCCUCCGGCAGUGGCAGCGAGUACAAGACCCACUUCGCAGCGUCGGUGACCGACCCGGAGAGGUUCUGGGGCAAAGCUGCCGAGCAGAUCAGCUGGUACAAGCCCUGGACCAAAACGCUGGAGAACAAACACUCGCCCUCUACCAGUUGGUUUGUGGAAGGAAUGCUUAACGUUUGUUAUAAUGCCAUUGAUCGUCAUAUUGAAAAUGGUAAAGGGGAUAAGAUUGCUAUCAUCUAUGACAGUCCUGUUACAAACACUAAAGCAACCUUUACCUAUAAAGAAGUUCUGGAGCAGGUCUCCAAGCUGGCUGGUGUCUUGGUCAAGCAUGGCAUCAAGAAAGGUGACACUGUGGUUAUCUACAUGCCCAUGAUCCCACAGGCGAUGUAUACCAUGUUGGCAUGUGCAAGGAUAGGUGCCAUCCACAGUCUCAUAUUUGGAGGAUUUGCUUCCAAAGAACUAAGUAGUCGCAUUGAUCAUGUAAAGCCCAAGGUGGUUGUUACAGCAUCAUUUGGCAUUGAACCUGGAAGGAGGGUAGAGUACGUACCACUUGUAGAAGAAGCGCUAAAAAUAGGACAACACAAACCAGACAAAAUUCUCAUUUAUAAUCGUCCAAAUAUGGAGGCGGUUCCUUUGGCUCCUGGUCGUGACCUUGAUUGGGAUGAAGAGAUGGCAAAAGCCCAGUCACAUGACUGUGUUCCUGUUCUUUCAGAACACCCAUUGUACAUUCUUUACACAUCUGGCACAACGGGGUUACCUAAGGGUGUGAUUAGGCCCACUGGGGGAUACGCUGUCAUGCUAAACUGGUCAAUGUCUUCCAUAUAUGGACUUCAACCCGGAGAGGUGUGGUGGGCAGCUUCUGACUUAGGCUGGGUUGUUGGACAUUCCUAUAUCUGCUAUGGGCCUCUUCUCCAUGGGAACACAACAGUUUUAUAUGAGGGGAAGCCUGUGGGAACACCAGAUGCUGGCGCUUAUUUCCGUGUGCUUGCAGAGCAUGGAGUAGCUGCCUUGUUUACAGCACCAACUGCAAUUAGAGCAAUCCGUCAACAGGACCCUGGGGCAGCUUUGGGGAAGCAGUACUCUCUGACAAGGUUCAAAACAUUAUUUGUGGCUGGAGAACGAUGUGAUGUAGAGACCCUGGAAUGGUCCAAAAAUGUCUUCAGAGUACCUGUCUUAGACCAUUGGUGGCAAACUGAGACUGGAUCUCCAAUUACCGCAUCAUGUGUUGGAUUAGGCAAUUCUAAAACACCUCCACCAGGGCAAGCAGGAAAAAGUGUUCCAGGAUACAAUGUUAUGAUUUUGGAUGACAACAUGCAAAAACUGAAGGCUCGGUGUUUAGGAAAUAUUGUGGUAAAGUUACCAUUGCCACCUGGGGCUUUUUCAGGACUCUGGAAGAAUCAGGAAGCAUUCAAGCAUUUAUACUUUGAAAAAUUUCCUGGAUAUUAUGAUACCAUGGAUGCUGGUUACAUGGAUGAAGAAGGCUAUGUGUAUGUUAUGUCUCGAGUGGAUGAUGUAAUAAAUGUUGCAGGCCACAGAAUUUCUGCAGGUGCCAUUGAAGAGUCAAUCCUUUCCCAUGGUACCGUGGCAGACUGUGCUGUUGUUGGCAAGGAAGAUCCCUUAAAAGGUCAUGUUCCCUUAGCACUCUGUGUAUUGAGAAAAGAUAUAAAUGCAACAGAGGAGCAAGUUUUGGAAGAAAUUGUGAAACACGUUAGACAGAACAUUGGCCCUGUGGCUGCUUUUCGAAAUGCAGUGUUUGUCAAACAGCUACCCAAAACCAGAUCUGGCAAGAUCCCCCGAUCAGCUUUAUCUGCCAUUGUCAAUGGCAAGCCAUACAAGAUAACUUCUACAAUUGAAGACCCCAGCAUUUUUGGCCACGUAGAAGAAAUGCUGAAGCAAGCAUAAAGAGUUUGUCUUAUUCCUAUUUUGAGUUGAUUUGAGUUAAUUUCUUAAAUGAAAUUAAAUUAUUUGAGUUGUUUCUCAGAAAUAAAUAUUUCAGUAGAAAUUACUUGCAAACUGAAAUGUGAAUUGUAAAACUUGGCCUAAACAAAUCUAAUGAAAACAUGUGAAAGACCUGUGCCUUUUGUUUGAUAUGACCCUGUUAGCAUUGUUAUUAGUUAUCUAUAACAUGGCUUAUUAAAUGUCAUCUACUGCUUUAGGAAAA